AUGCUGAUCAACAAGAACUACUUGAGUAGUAACCAUGGUAUGUGCAAGAUCUUGCACAUCAUUACCGGCUUCAUCGUAUCUUCAUUACUGUGUGCCAAUUGGUAUGGAGGACGAAGUUGUUUCAGCGAAAAAUUCAUUUCCAUCCCGGCUGGCAUCAACAUGGCCUUGGUGUUCAUCAACAUUGUUGUUUUCAUCAUGAACUUUAUCGACUUUGGCAAUAGAGUUGUGGUGAGUUAGGGUGGGUAAAGGGAGCUCUACCUUAAUUUGGAGCUAACACUUAUGUAAGGGGUUUUGACUGUCAUUUUGGGUGUGAUAUGACGAUCUAUCUCUAUAUAAUCCAGGAUAAUAAGGCUUUUUAAAUUUUGGAGUUAAAAAAAGUCUUGUUGUCAUUUUACAUUGGUUUACUAGGAAACAGCAAAUAAUGAAAAUCGAGUUAUAACUAGUGGUAUAUAUACAAACAUAGCGCAAAAAAAUCUAAGACUUAUGGUGUAAAAAUUUUUUGCCAACAAUCUCUAGUUUUUGAGAUAUGGCAGGUCAAAGUUUGGUUUUUUAAACACUUUUGUCUCAUGUUCGCUUUUUGAGCGCAGGGCAUAAGCGCUUCAAUAGCAGCGAGCGAGUGAGCCCGACUUGGACUCGGAACCUCAAGGGUUCGGUUCCCGUCGGCUUCCAAAGGCUAAAACACCUCAAAAAUGGUUUUUAUUUUUUUUCAAUUUUAUAGUUAAUAACUACAGUCUUAAAACUAAACAUAAGUAACAUUUUGAACAUAUGAAAAAAGAAUAUAACAAAAUUUAAACCUAAAUAAUUGAUUAAAAAUUUUCAACAAUAGUUGUUCAUAACAUUUGUAUUAUUUCACUUUCACCGUUAUGGUAGACAUUAAUAUUAUUGGUGGUCAAGUUGACGUCAGCUACUGAUAUUUCUAAAGCUAUUAGAAGAGAAAAGACUUCUUUCCAAAUUCUGUACAGUAAGUUGUUAAUGUUGAGAGACUCUGAUAUCUUAUUGCCAGAAAAUUAUGAAAAUAUGAACGAAUUUUGGGAUAGUGACGUACAAGAAAUGGAUAGUGACGUACAAGAAAUGGAUAGUGACGUACAAGAAAUGGAUAGUGACGUACAAGAAAUGGAUAGUGACGUACAAGAAAUGGAUAGUGACGUACAAGAAAUGGAUAGUGACGUACAAGAAAUGGAUAGUGACGUACAAGAAAAACCAUUUCUUGUACGUCACUAUCCCAAAAUUCGUUCAUAUUUUCAUAAUUUUCUGGCAAUAAGAUAUCAGAGUCUCUCAACAUUAACAACUUACUGUACAGAAUUUGGAAAGAAGUCUUUUCUCUUCUAAUAGCUUUAGAAAUAUCAGUAGCUGACGUCAACUUGACCACCAAUAAUAUUAAUGUCUACCAUAACGGUGAAAGUGAAAUAAUACAAAUGUUAUGAACAACUAUUGUUGAAAAUUUUUAAUCAAUUAUUUAGGUUUAAAUUUUGUUAUAUUCUUUUUUCAUAUGUUCAAAAUGUUACUUAUGUUUAGUUUUAAGACUGUAGUUAUUAACUAUAAAAUUAAAAAAAAUAAAAACCAUUUUUGAGGCGUUUUAGCCUUUGGAAGCCGACGUGAACCGAACCCUUGAGCUUCCGAGCCCAAGUCGGGCUCACUCGCUCGCUGCUAUUGAAGCGCUUAUGCUCUGCGCUCAAAAAGCGAACAUGAGACAAAAGUGUUUAAAAAACCAAACUUUGACCUGCCAUAUCUCAAAAACUAGAGAUUGUUGGCAAAAAAUUUUUACACCAUAAGUCUUAGAUUUUUUUGCUCUAUGUUUGUAUAUAUACCACUAGUUAUAACUCGAUUUUCAUUAUUUGCGGUUUCCUAGUUACACUAUGAAAAACGACAAGACUUUUUUACUUCUGAUUAACCAAAGGAAAUGUCAUUUUAUAUUAAACCGGAUAAGAAAAAUGACAUUUUUCGUUAACAAAACUAAAGAAAAGACAUUUUUCCUUCAGGAAAAGUACUACUCAAUGUGCUGUGUAGUUCUGUACAUACUCGGAAUGGGCAUUCUCAUCUGGUACAUGAUUCAAUUCCACAACCAACGUGGAUGGCUAGCUGCUGCCGUGGUCUUGUUUGCGCUGAACACGUUCCUAGCCUUCUUCGACGUCAAAAUUCUUCAAGGCGAUAUUGAGGAUGAUUAA